AUGAGAAAUUAUUUACAGGAAUGUUCCGUCUUCAUGUUUGACAAGCGAGUGGUGGACAAGCUGUAUCGUCCAAAGCGCAAAGAGCUUAUGCUGGACUGCAUCAAGAACUGCAUAAGUGAGCUACACACACUUGCUCACCCAAAAAUGUUGCAAAUUUUGCAUCCAAUAGAAGAAAGUACAUACACCGUGGCUUUUGCAUCGGAAAGAAUUUAUGCGAGUCUUCACAAUAUCCUCGCAUGGCAUGAAUCCUGCCCCAUUGAUCCAGAGGGUCCAUUCCCUGUGAUUCCGAACCCCAACCACCUGGGUCCACCUACGGUAGAUCCGAUGCCAACGAGCAGCACCACCAGGCCACCCUUCGCUAGGGAAUAUCACUUUCUGGAUCUUGAGAUACGACAUGGAUUUCAUCAGAUAUCCGAGGCACUUCAAUACAUGCACUUGACAAUGCGUAAGAUGCAUCGCAAUGUUUGUCCCUUCAACGUCCUCGUGACAAAACGAGGCGUAUGGAAGCUUUUUGGCCUCGAGUUCGCUGAACCGAUACCGAGUGAUGAUCCAUUGAAAUUCCUGGGUGUUCCUCAGUGGUCCUGCAAAGUUGCUCGGAUUUGUCAACCUCAUCUUGACUAUAUGGCCCCUGAAACACAAAUGCGUGGGCUUGCCAGUACGGUGGCUGAUAUGUAUGCACUGGGAAUGAUACUAGGCGCACUUUUCAAUCAGGGUCGGCCUCUAAUCAACACCAAUUUUAAUCCAAUAUUGUACGUGAAGCAAAUGGAACAACUGGAUCGGAACGUUGCUGCAUUAGUUAGCCGAGCUCCUGAUUGUCUCCUUGAAGCUCUUCCCAGACUAUUAGACCGGGACCCACAAAACCGACCAACAACUCAAUUGAUGCCACUCAUCCCAUACUUCAAGUGCGCAACUGAUCCACCAAUACAAGCUCUAGAGGCCCUAGAUGCGGCGAUUCACAUGGCAGCUAGUGCAAGAUGCGAGUACUACGUAGAUCAAUUGCCUUCGACACUCGCCUACAUUCCAAAGAAAUUGCGUUGGCAGAACGUUUGGCCAGUUCUACAAGCCGAAUUCAAAAUAUCAGACAUGAUACCGUCUGUACUUAAGCCAACCUUUUGGCUGAUCAAUGAGAGUACACCAGAAGAAUUUGCAGACGUGAUCUACCCUACUAUCAGAAAAGUAAUUUAUUCACCAAGGGCGAUACCAAUAACGGUUGUACUUUUGGAGAAUUCGCAUAUUUUAACAAAGAAAUGCACACAGGAAGAUGCGUUAAACGACUUAUUUCCGAUGAUUUUUACCUCGUUGGAUAGCAAUUUGUACCAACUUCAGAUUGCGGCGUUGAUUGCAUUGCAAAAUGUGUCUGAUGUGAUACCAGACGAUAUCAUGUAUGAGUCCGUUGUCGUCAAAGUCAAGAAAUUGUUGGACAAAAACACAGGAGAUGUAAAAAUUAUUAACCUUGUACUGGGAGUGUUUGAGAAAAUUCUUCCUCGUUUGGACAGUACUAGCAUUCUCAAUUACGUGGUCCCUACAAUACUUAACAUGAGAUUGGGUGACCCAGAUGUGAUCAACCGUGUAGUCAAGCUUUAUAAAGCUAUUAUUACCGAAGAAAAAUUCGGAUUAACUUGCGAUGUGAUGGCGAAAGAUAUGAUACCUAAACUGGCGCCGCAAUCUGUGAAUCCUAAUUUAAAUGUUGAUCAAUUCAACAAUCUAAUCGAGAUCUUAUAUGACAUGUUGGAAAACAUUGAGCAAUACCAGCGUCACAAACUUAAGACGGAAGGUGCUUCGGCGCCAGGAAGCAAUCGACGUAAGAUUCGACAAAUGAGCACUGAAAAUGUACCGGCUCCACCAUUUAACAUUCCUAAUUUGAGGGUGGAACAACGCCAGACCUCAAGUGCUGAGAACAUGGUCCGAAGGAGUUCAGCUGCAACUGUUUCACAACCUGGAAGUGUGUCAGGAAGUGUGUCAGGAAGUGUAAACGCGUUACGGAGCCGACUUGGUCAGUGGAUCUUUGGCUCGAAUAACUCAACGAACAAUGACGGGAAUUUCUUGCGCGUCACAAGUAUUUUACCCAAUCGUCGUUUAUCUGACAAUACACUUAUGACACCAAAGAUUCGCAUAGCGCCAUCUUGUGCUUCCUCCCCUGGAGGUACAUCCGGUGGCACUGCUGGACUUCCGAGUCGACGGCACUCAAGCAUCGGACCACAAGAACGACGUUUAUCUACUGCAAACCUAUCACCGCCAACAGGUGGAUCCAUGCCGAACACAUCAUCGAGUGUUCCAUUUCUGGCAACCGCUUCUUGCCGUAGACCUUCGGGCCAGGGGUCACAAGGUGGAUCGCAAAGAGGAUCGCAGGGAUCGGGAAUCCUCUCCAACAUGGUAAGGCUCUUUCCCAACCACUCUGCAACUAGCAGCCCUCGCCGCACGCGCAACGGUUGGUUCCAAGGCAAUACGAAUUCCGCUUACAACUCUAUCCGUCAUUCUACCAACGUAUUGACGAGGAAGUUUCCUUCCCUUAACGUGUUUGUCACCGGUAUACAAUAG